UUGGCGGAGUUGGUGGCGACGGCGGAGGUGGCGGCGCUAGGGCAUUCCCGCCGUCGCCUCAGGAGUGGUCAGAGUUGUACGAUUUGGGGAAUUUUUCUUCUUUGGGCCGACGAACGGGUAAGUGAUGGCAGUGGCGGGUAAUUGUUUCGAACUUCUAAGGGCAAAUCUUGAUUCCGCUCCGGCCGUGCGACCUGAACGUUCGAUCUCCGAUCCGAGACCGUCCGGUGCUGGCGUUGCCCCUCCCCUGCCCUCCCUAAAUACUGGACGAUGGCUUCCUUCUCAACCCCUUUUGGUUCCCCGUAAUCCUCCGUUCUGUUACUAUCCUAGAACAGAGCAGUCAGUACUAAUCCCUGCACCGGCAUGGAUCAGUUCUUACAGGUCGCUUUGCUCGCCCGCACGGAAGCCAUUGCCAGGCAGUCGAAUUUCAUCUUCUCGCCCCUUUCCCUGCGGGCCGCGCUCGCGCUGCUUCCCGCCGGCACGAAAGGCGAGACGCUGCGCCAGCUGCUGGCCUUCUUGGGCUCCCAAGAACUCCGACAACUCAAGGCGGCCAAUGCCGGGCUCAUCGCCGAGAUGCGCGCGUGGCCGCAGCUGUCCUCUGCCGCCUGCAUCUUUGCGGACAAGUCGCUCGUGCUGAGGCCAGAGUUCGUGUCCACCGCCGCCUCCGCUCACAAGGCCUACGCAAAAUCCUUGGACUUUCAGAAUCAGCCGGAGGCAGCGGCGGCUGAGGUGAACGCUCUCAUCACACAUGCCACGCGUGGGCGCUUAAGAAACAUCGUCUCCCCGGACUCUUUCAACGGCGGCGACGCCAAGAUCGUGCUGGCCAACGCCAUGCAUUUCAGGGCGACGUGGGCUCGCAGGUUCGACCCAUCGGACACCGUCCACGACGACUUCCACCGCCUCGGCGGCGGCGGCACAGACGUGCGGGUGCCGUUCCUGUCGGACCCGGGCAUGCAGUACGCCACAAGCUUCGCCGGCCUCGGCUUCAAGGUCCUCCAGUGCUUCUACAAGACGGUGGGGCGCGACGGCCGCCUCAGCCGGGACGCGCCGUGCUUCUCCAUGCUCGUGUUCCUCCCUCACCGGCGCGACGGGCUCGCGGGCCUCCUGCGGCUGGCGGCCACGGAGCCGGACUUCGUCAUGCGCUGCGUCCCCCGCCGCGAGCAGGUGGUCAGCCCGUGCAUGAUCCCCAAGUUCAAGUUCUGCUUCAAGUUCGACGCGAGGGCCGCGUUGCGGUGGCUCGGGCUGGCCGCGCCGUUCGAGCCCUCGGACGCGGACCUGUCCGGGAUGGUCUCCAACAUGCCGGAACUGGGGAUGUACGUGUCGUCCAUGCAGCAGUUGGGCGCCGUGGAGGUGGACGAGGAAGGCACGACGGCAGUGGGAGCGACGUACACGGCAACGAGCCCGGGCUAUGGCGGCCCGCCUCCGGGUCCGCCGCCGCCGCCGCCCAUGAGCUUCGUGGCGGACCACCCGUUCAUGUUCGCCAUCGUUGAGUACGGGAGUGCCGAGGUCUUGUUCGGCCACGUCCUGGACCCGUCCAAAGAGCUGUGACUUCCUGAGCGACCAGCCGAUCGACGACUGGUAGUUACUGCGAUCGAGGCGUGUACCUGCUCAAGUGUUCAUGGACGGUUAUGCGUUUAUUUCCGUUUCGGGAGAAAGGAAGGGCUGGCUUGAAACCUGGCUGCAUUGUACGAGACUCGUCUGAGAUUUGUUUAUUUUCCGUUUUCACAAUCGAUGGAUCAUAUUGUCUAGUCUGUAAUUCGUUGGUGAUUUCCCAAAUUUGUGGUCUGUUGUCUUCGAUUAAAGAGUUCAAGGACUAAAGUGUUCAUUUUUGCCGAAUUCAUGAACAAACGGUGUAUUUUAGCCCGGAUUAAACUG